UUGACGUUAAAAAAGUAAAAGUAUACUCAAAGUAACAAAACGUUUUCUGUCAUAGACAAAAAUUUUCUAAAUUGUUGUUAUUUUAGUAAUAACUUGAUACUUUAAAAUUAAGCCUAUUAUACCAUGUUUAGGCUUAUUACGUGGUUCAAGUCGCGACCGAACAAAUUAGGCGUUAGAUGCUAUCAAAAUCGCCUGCCCACUGGCCGUGCCACACGCCCAUCAUGCAGGUCGGACGGCAGGCGGAGCGGAUUCGGAUUCGGAUUUGUUAACGGUGAUAUUGGCGACCACAGCAUGUGGCGAUCCCGCCCUCGCGAACUGCACAUCAAUCGGUUUCCCUCCGCCAAGGACGAUUCGAAGGCGGGGUCAAAGGUUGCGUCGGGCCAGGCCAAGUGGGCGGUGGAUGAGGGCCCUACGCUGCGCUGGGGCAUUGCGCCCGUUAGCCUGAUGGCCGACGACUUUGCCGCCGCUCUGAGUGUCCUGCCGGAGCAGCACCACCGCAUCGUGUCCUGCGUGGCCGCCUACCAGUCGCACGCCCUCGCCUUUGCCGACCGCCAUCGCGUGGAGAAUGUGUACACCAGCUUCGAGGAUCUCGCCAAGUGUCCCCGAUGUCGUCUAGACGUUGUGUACAUAUCGCCGCUGAAUCCGCAACACUCGGAGCUGUGCCACCUGAUGCUGAACCACGACAAGCACGUGCUGUGCGAAAAGCCGCUGUGCAUGACGGAGGAGCAGGUGACCAAGCUGCUGGAGAAGGCGCAGGCGCGGGGUCUCUUCCUCAUGGAGGGAAUGUGGCCAAGAUGUGUGCCCGCCUAUCAUUAUCUGCGCCACCAGAUCCUCCGCAAUCGCCUCGGUGAAUUGCAGCAUGUCCGCUGCUCUCUGGGAUUGCCCGUCCACCAGGGGAGACUGUCACUUUAUGGCGGAGUCACCAGCGACUUUGGCGUGUACGGUAUGCAACUGGCGUUGUGGGUGUUUCGGGAGGUGCCGCGCUGCCUCAAGGUCAGUGGCAAGGUCAAUGCGGAGCAUGUGGACGUUGCCGCCGAUAUUGAACUCUGCUUCACCCGCGGCAAAAGAGCCUUCAUCGAGGUCAGCGCGGAAAAGAAGCUCAGCAACCAGGCCAUUAUCCAGGGCAAAGAUGGGUCCAUUAAAAUGAACAACUACUGGUGUCCCACACGUUUGAUCACCGAGGAGGUUGACUAUGAGUUUCCAUUACCGGGUGGCGAGCAGAUGCCACCCACCCACUACCACAAUCGACUGGGCAUGUGCUAUGAGGCCGAGGAGGUGAGGAACUGCAUCCUGAAGGGCAGCAGCGAGAGCGCUGACUUCAGUCACAGCGGCCUUCUGCUGGCCAAUCUAAUGGACACCAUUCACGCGGAACUGGGAGUGGGUGAAUUUGCCAAUCGCAAGCAAAUGCCCGACCUUCAGCGGCAGCUCGAGAAUGUCCAGGAUAUAGUAAAGGAUCCCGAGGAACUGGUCAGCGAGACGUGCCGUGUGCUGCAGGAUAUCAACACCUUUGCAACCAUGGAGCCCAUGCAGAAAGAGGAGGCUGAUCCGCCCAGGCCCAAGGUCAUGGAUGCCCCCUAAAACCGGAUUAUGUGUGGCAUCUUUGGUGUCUUUGUGUAGUUGGUUUGAAAGAAGCAAUCCCAUUAUAUGGGUUUUUAAAUUA